AUGGAGAAGAAAGCCCCUACCAAUCAGACCGAAGUUCGCGCCUUUUUAGGAUUGGCGGGUUAUUACCGCAAGUUUGUUGAGGGAUUCUCCAGCAUUGCGAGGCCGCUAACACAGCUAUUGAAGAAGGAUAAGAAGUUCGAGUGGACCGACAAAUGUGAGGCCAGUUUUCAGGAACUCAAGAAGAGAUUAGUCACAGCUCCUGUCUUGACCAUGCCCGAUAUUACCAAGGAUUUUGAUGUGUACUGCGAUGCAUCAAAGCUUGGUUUGGGAAGUGUGCUGAUGCAAGAAGGAAAAGUGAUAGCUUAUCUGUCAAGGCAACUUCGACCGCACGAGAUGAAUUACCCUACGCAUGACUUAGAGCUUGCCGCUGUAGUUCACGCCCUGAAGACCUGGCGCCACUACCUAGUGGGAAAUCGUUGCGAAAUCUACACCGACCACAAGAGUUUGAAGUACAUCUUCACCCAGCGAGAGCUGAACAUGAGGCAGAGCAGAUGGAUGGAGCUUAUCAAGGAUUACGACCUCGGCAUUCAUUAUCAUCCUGGUAAAGCUAAUGUGGUAGCUGAUGCCCUUAGUCGAGAGCCCUGUUCAUUGAACGCCCUUAUCAAGAUUGCUCAACCUAAGCUGUAUGAAGAGCUGGAGGAGUUCGGCCUCGAACUCGUUAGCCAUGGUUUCCUGGCAAAUCUUGAAUUGAAGCCUACUUUAUUCGAUCAAAUCAAAGAAGCUCAAGUGGGUCAUGAGAGUAUUGAAGGAAUCAAGCGUAGGAUGAAUAGGGAAGAAGUUCCUGGUUUUGAGGUCGACGCCAAAGGAGUUUUGUGGCUGAACAUCAGCGACCAGCUGGACUACUCCAACCCCUCCAAGUUCCCGAGUGGAAAUGGGAAGAGGUUGGAAUGGACUUCAUCACCGGACUCCCUAAAUCUCAGCGUGGCCAUGACUCUAUCUGGAAUCGUGAGUCUCCACGGUGUUCCUAAGCGGAUCGUAUCGGAUCGUGGUACCCAGUUCACCUCGAGAUUCUGGAAGAGCCUGCAUGAAGCCCUCGGUACCAAGCUCGCCUUCAGCACUGCUUAUCACCCGCAGACAGGUGGCCAGACCGAAAGAAUGGCCCCCUUUGAAGCCCUUUAUGGUCGCCGUUGUCGAACCCCUCUUAACUGGUCUGAGACUGGAGAUAGUCAAGUCUUUGGACCUGACCAUCUUCGCGAAGCUGAAGAGCAAGUUCAACUAAUCCGUGAUCGCCUCAAAGCCGCUCAAUCUCGCCAGAAGAGUUAUGCUGACUCUAAGCGUCGCGAGCUGACAUUCAAUGUUGGUGAUCAUGCCUAUCUUCGCGUCACUCCACUCAAGGGAAUGCAGAGAUUUCACGUCAAAGGGAAACUUGCCCCAAGAUACAUUGGACCCUUCAAGGUUCUCGCUCGUCGAGGAGGAGUAUCCUAUCAGUUGGAACUGCCGGCUGAAUUAGCGGAUUUCCAUGAUGUGUUCCAUAUCUCUCUUCUUCGACGAUGCCUCCAAGUGCCUGACAAGCCUGAGACAUUCAAGAACAUCGAUUAUCGCACCCUCGACCUCAACACCGACUUGACCUAUCGAGAAGUACCCCUUCGGAUUCUUGAAGAAGCUGUUCGUCUCACCCGUAGAAGGAAGAUAAAAUUUUGCAAGGUUCAGUGGACUAAUCACUCCGAGGAGGAGGCCACUUGGGAAAGAGAGGAUCAGCUCCGAAAGGACUUCCCCGCACUCUUCAGUUCUUAG